GGGGCGGCUGGGUCAGGGCGAGGACGGGCGGAGAGCGCCAGGCGGGAGCAGCAGGGCUGCCAGGAUUCCGGUCGUGGUCCUCUCUGUCGCUGCUGCCACCAGGUUCCACACCCUCUGGACCCAUGGCUGGUUUUUCUGGUUUAGUCUGUAGAGCAAUUUGCAUGUUUCCUUGAAGAACCCUCUGAAGCUUUACAGCCUGUCCUGGGACUUACAGAGAGGGACACCCACGCCCACGUUGGCUCUCAAGAAUUGGGAACCUCCCCCCACCCCAAGCAUCUCACUUGGAUUCUCUCUUGGAGGGGCUGGGAAUGGCCACAUGGAACAGGUCACACCCAAGGCAGCCCGUGGCACCAGAGCCAGCUGCAGAAGGGGAUUCCCAGCAGUCCCUGGGCCAAGAGCUCUCGGAGGCCAACCGCUUCGCCUAUGCCGCCCUCUGUGGCAUCUCUUUGUCACAGCUGUUUCCAGAACCUGAGCAAAGCUCCUUCUGCAUAGAAUUUGUGACGGGCCUGGUGAAAUGGCUGCAUCUGUCUGAAACUGUCCUCCCAACCAUGACAGCCUUUGCCAGUGGCCUAGGAGGCGAAGGAGCCGACAUCUUUGCUCAGAAUUUAUUGAAGGACCCCAUUCUGAAAGACAACCCAUCAGCAAUCAGUCAGGACCUCCUGAGCUUCUCACUCAAGGAUGGACACUAUGAUGCCCGGGCCAGAGUCCUUGUUUGUCAUGUGACCUUCCUGCUCCAGGUGCCCAUGGAGGAGCUAGAUCUUCUCGAAGAGGUAUUCCUGGAGAGCCUGAAGGACACCAAAGAGGAGGAGUCUGAGACCGCAGAGGCAUCCCGGAAGAGGAAAGAAAAACGGAGGAAGUGGAAACGCUAUCUCCUGAUAGGCCUGGCCACAGUUGGAGGCGGGACAGUGAUUGGUGUGACUGGGGGACUAGCGGCCCCACUUGUUGCCGCAGGAGCCGCAACUAUCAUCGGCAGUGCUGGGGCAGCCGCGUUGGGCUCAGUGGCUGGCAUCGCUGUUAUGACCUCACUGUUUGGUGCAGCUGGAGCUGGCCUGACAGGAUACAAGAUGAAGAAGCGAGUCGGGGCCAUUGAGGAGUUCAUGUUCCUGCCCCUGACGGAAGGCAGGCAGCUACACAUCACCAUCGCCAUCACUGGCUGGCUCGGGUCCGGCAGAUACCGCACAUUUAAUGCCCCAUGGAUGGCCCUAGCCCGCAGCCAGGAGCAGUACUGCCUGGCCUGGGAGGCCAAGUACCUGAUGGAGUUGGGCAACGCCCUUGAGACCAUCCUCAGUGGCCUCGCUAACAUGGUGGCCCAGGAGGCUCUCAAGUACACCGUGCUCUCUGGUAUCGUGGCUGCUCUAACCUGGCCAGCCUCACUCCUCAGCGUUGCCAACGUCAUCGACAACCCCUGGGGGGUAUGUCUCCACCGGUCAGCAGAGGUUGGCAAGCACCUGGCACACAUCCUUCUCUCACGGCAACAGGGCCGGAGACCUGUCACCUUGAUUGGAUUCAGCCUGGGAGCCAGAGUCAUCUACUUCUGUCUGCAGGAGAUGGCCCAGGAGCAGGAUUGCCAAGGAAUCAUUGAGGAUGUGGUCCUUCUGGGCGCACCAGUAGAAGGCGACCCCAAGCACUGGGAACCGUUCCGGAAUGUGGUGUCUGGGAGAAUCGUCAAUGGCUACUGCAGGGGAGACUGGCUCCUGAGCUUCGUGUACCGAACGUCUUCUGUGCAGCUCCGCGUCGCAGGCCUGCAGCCUGUGCUGCUGCAGGACCGGAGGAUGGAGAACGUGGACCUGUCCUCAGUGGUCAAUGGCCACUUGGACUAUGCCAAGCAAAUGGAUGUCAUCCUGAAGACUGUGGGCAUCCGCACCAAGCCCGGCUGGGGUGAGAAGGGACUGCCACUGGCCCCUGGCAGCCUGCCCCAAGAAGAGCCACUCCAGACAACCACAGUCUCCACAGAUGAGACAAUCCACCAGGAUGGACAAAGCCAGAGACCUGCCCCAGGAGAUGAUCUCAAAACCAGCAUACCUUCCAGUGCCAGCCAAGCCCAGGUGCCAGCAGGGCUGGACCAAUCUACAGAGGACUCACUCCUUACUGCUGCUCCGACAGAGGGACACCUGAUCUGCAGCCAUGGUGUGGGUCCCAAUCCACUGGGCUGCCCUGACUGCACCCAUGGGACCCAGGAGGCCUGUGCAGAACUGGACUGACCCAGCAGGUGUCUGGACUACCUCUCCAGACUUCUCUAUGCAACUUCUAUGCAACUUUCUCUGAGCCCUGCAGGCUUUCCAGAGAGCUCUGGAGGUGGGGAGUCUCCACAAGUGCCUUUCUUAAACAGAGAGGAACUGGAAUGGAGAGGGAGGGUGAAAGUACUGGCUCUCUGAGGAAACACGGGCAGUAUGACCUCCCAGGUCAACCCAGCUCCAAACCAGUGUAGGCUCCCACCCUGCAGGUCCCAUCCAGAGGCCCCUAAAGUCUCUGUGGGACUGGAGGUCCCCAUGCUCCCCUUUCUCCAACCUCAGUGGACCCAAGUGUCUUCCAGAUCUUGCAGCACUGCCCACUGAUCCCAGGUUCCAAGAGCGGGGCGUUUUCAGGUGCCAACGAGACACUUUGCUCCCUCUGUCCUUGGAAGGAGCAGCUCUGUCCAGGCAUUUAUGUGGGCUGGGUGCCUUGUACAAUGUCAGGAGUAACAGACAUAGAUGUGAUAUAUGUGUCGGCCCAUGCUGAGUUUGUGAAACAUGUGACCCUGGAUAGAAUUGUUAUAAGAGGAAUAAAGGCAGAAUUCACAGUCAGUAUCUGGAGAACUGGGCCUUGGUAAGCGUGGAUUACAUGAGGAGGGACCAAUAAACACUGUUUAUCACA